ACGUUCAUGAUCACGUUGAGCUCUUAAAGCGAACGUCGGGUGUUUUGAGGCAGGCGGAACCCUGAACGCACAGCUCUCUGUUUCUGGAGGGACUUUGAAGGCUUCAGCUGACAGGCGGCCAUGGUCUCCACGAUCCAGAACACCGACGUGAAGCAGAAAGAUUCUGCUCGUGCAGUGGUUGUGGCGGUAUCGUCUCGUGCAGUGUUUGGCUCUGGAGCUGGUGAUGGCUUGUACGGAAUGGGCGUGGCUUUCCCGCUGCUGCAGGCGCUGCAGAGAGUGAACGAGCGUCUGCUGGAGGAAAAUCCUGCAGAGUCGCUGCUGUUUGAUGUCGUCCUUAUCACCACCGACAGUCAGCAACAGCAGCAGAGCUCCAGCAUCAUCAGCAGCACCAGACAUUACGGUCUUGAAGUUAGCAGGUUCUGUUUUUCCAGCGAGGAGGAUUUCAUCGAGAGUUUAAUAAAGAAUAACGUGCAGCUCUUCCUGUCGACUGACAGAAACGAGGCGCCGCAGGCAUCACAGAAAGGUGUUCUCUCGGCGCUGCUGGACCGGCAUGUAGCUCCGUCAGAGCAGCUCAGAGUAAUGUUCUGCGGGGACGCCGUCGUCCAGCCCGACACCGGCCCAAUGCCGGCGAGCCGACAGGCCGCUCAGAGUUUCUCGGCUCAGCUCGGCGAGAUGAGGCGGAGGUUCGGCAUGUUGGACAGCCCUCUCAGCAUCGUCUUGGUGACGUCACGUGGCGGCAGGGAAAGCUGCGGCGGCGCCCUGCGGACGCUGCGAUCCCACGGCCUCAGCGUGGACGAGGCGUACUGCCUGGCCGGGGCCCCGCGGAGCCCCAUCCUGUCCGUGAUCCGACCUCACUUCCUGCUCAGCGACAGCUUCAGUUGCCUGGAGGACUGAUGACAUCAUGAGGAGGAUGUACUGUCACUUGACUUUAAAAAAAAUAAUACUUCACUGUCUUUUUGAAACAAGCUGCUAACAUUUGCUCAGCUUGUUUCUGUGAGAACUUAAGAUCCAGACAUCUGAGGACUAAAAUCCUUCAUCCGGUUAAAAUAUAGAGUCAAAAUCAACCAAGCUUCUGGCAGAGAAUGUGUGGCCUUUAGAGGGUGGCCAAAUGAAACGCACCCUUUCCUUGAUUAAAAUGACAUAUUUCACUAAGCUUGAAAAUUGUUGGAAAGAUUUGGGAUGAUAUAAGUUCACAACUCAACAAUGCAGAGACGUAAUAUAAUAUACAUUUAAUGCUGAGAAGAAAAUGCAAGUUUUUUAUAUUCUACACUAAAUUGAUUGUGUUUGACCUUUGACCCUUAAUGCUGGUACUGCUGAGCAGAAGCUUCAUCAGUUUUAUAACUUGUACGUAUGUUGUUGAUUUAGAAACUUUCAGUUGUUUGUCUGUUGCUUGCAGCUGUCUGUAUUUUGUCCGUCACUUAUCAGCUCAGCCUCCUGUGUGUUAAAACUGAUAUUACUAUUACGGAGCAUCUGAAGUCCUGAAAGAUGAUGUAUCUUGUUACAUUAAAACAUCUUAUGACUAGUGGUAUACCUGUGGUCUUAUUGAUGUAUAGAUAUGUACUAUUUUCACAUAUAAAAUAUUAAAAAGAAAAGGGGCAAUGCA